AUGUCGACCUUCAACUGCUCAUACACGCCCUCGCCGGCCCAGCUGACCGGCUGCCCGGCCUUCAACGUCAGCUACGCGCCCGACAACAAGACGGCGUACGCGAUCAUUGCCGACAAGGACAUGGGCGGCGUGGGAAAGUGUCUCGCGAACAGCGGGCUGGUGUUCAACGAGUGCGUCACGAAGUCCAAGGAGCGGCGGGGGAAGCCCAGCGGCGCAGCGAAGCUCGGCAUAGCCCCGCUGUUCGUCCUCGUGCUCGCGUUCCUCGCGGCCACCGCGUCAGCAGCCGUCACAUGCAAGCAAUUCGACGCCUCCGACCGGUCCAGCUGGGACUGGAACGCCUUCACGCCCAACCAGCGCCUCGGCGCCCGGAUCGACUGCACCAAUGCCGGCUCGGCAUGCGGCGGUGGUCCCUCAAGCGACGCGGCGACCUUCAGUGCGGGGUGGCAGGUGACCAACGGCACGGGCGUCAGCGUGGACGCCAAACUCGCGAGCGUCGUCGCGCUCGUUGGCGGCUCGUAUGCCGAGCAGGCGACGUCCGUGCCCGUCGAGGGGCUGUACGUCCCCCGCGGACAGCUCGGAUGGCUCACGGCGUACACGUACGCCGUCGCCGUCGGCGGCACGUUCCGCGACUGCUCCGAUGGCGCCGUGUAUGCCGGGUCCGCGCUGGUCCCGGACGGCGAUAGGGUCGUGUACCGUGUUGUGCUGGGCGAGUGA